GACCGACCCGCGUUGGCGCGGAGGUUUGUUUUGCAACCCGUUUGCAAGUUUAGCUCGCUGGCCGGCUUGUUUUGACAACAAAAAUGAUGCGGAAAAAGCGUCGCUCCUCAACUGAGAAUGGAGGAGCUGCUUCAACAGCCACCAAAGUCAAAUUAUUUGUUUCCUACAGAAGCAAAGAAGAGUCGCAGUACUGGUCGGCAUCCUAAAGAGCCUGUUUCAGAGGAGACCAAUGAAAGUGUAUUUGUUUCCUUUGUGAGAAAGGCAGGUGUCACCUUGAAACACGGUGGAACAUCCAAUGACAUCGCUGUCGACCAAGUAGUUUUCCAAAAACGGAUACAGCGUCAACUACAGAAGAGUCCCAGGUACCCUGGAAUCAUACAGGAGUUUAUUACUGGAUUGGAGUCGUUUAUUGAAAAUCCUGACAAUUUCAGGAAUUGCCUACUUCCAUGUGUCCCGCAGUCGUCCGAUGAAGACUCUAGCUCUGUCAGCUCGUUCCAGGAGAGCUUGCUGCGACUGUUGCUGGGCAUCGAGAUGCUGCAGACUUUGAUCAUCAACACUUUACUAGAGAAGCUCCCUGAGUUUAUGAUUGAUGGCGCUGCUGAUGGAGGACUCAGUAUUCCACGAAUGAUUAUUAAUCAGCUCAAAUGGCUGGACAGAGUUUUUGACACCAAGGAACUGGCAGUGAAGCUCAUGGAGCUGGUGUCGGUAGCACCAGUGGAGGUUCAGUGUGACAUCAUCACCAGUUUUCCAGAAAUACUGGAAGACUCGCAGCACAACGACAUAGCCAGAGACCUCAACUCUUUACUGCAGGAGAACACUCAGCUGACUGUUCCCAUCCUGGAUGCCUUUUCAAGCCUCAACCUCAGUUCUUUAUUAUUGACAGAGGUCCGUGGAGCUGUUAUGGCCAGGAUGGCUUCCGUGCAACUGGAGGACCUUCCUAUUGUGGUCAAAUUUAUCCUGCACUCUGUCUCAGCCUCUGAUACACAUGAGGUGGUGUGUAACCUCCGUAAAAAACUGGAACUGGAGCAGUGCGUUCUUCCUCCUGUGCUGCAGGCCUCUCAGAGUCGCCUGAAGAGUAAAGGGGCAGCAGCCAGCAGGCCUGCGUCCACCCCAGCAGCUGGCAGCAGUCAGGACAGCGUUACGUUGAUACUGGAGUGCAUCAAGUCAGCAGUUCGCUUCCAAAAAACUGUUUCUGAGGCUUGGCUCAAGGUAAUGGAGUCUGUAGAAGACGUGGAGGACCAUAAAGUUAUAGACCUGCUGAUGCUGUUCAUCCUCCACUCCACCAAUGCCAACCAGAGCCGGAGGGGGGCAGAGAGACUGCUGAAGGUCAAAGUGAGGACUGGACUCAUCCAAGAAACUCUUCUACAGAAAACCUUCAGGGACUACGCCCAGGUCAUGCGAGGUUACUUCCCAUCCAUCCUGGCUCUCGCUCAAAGUUUGCUGCGCUCCCCUGACCCAUGUCUGGUGUCUUUUGGUGGACACAUGUACCGUCAGUCAUUCUCUGGGUUUGACUCUUACUGCCAUCAGGAGGUUGUGGGCUCUCUAGUGACUCAUGUGUGCAGUGGUGUGAGUGCGGAGGUGGACAUGGCUCUGCAGUUACUCUGUGGUCUGGUUACGGAAAAACCCACCGAAAUGGCGCUGUAUGCCGUUUUUGUCAAGGGAAUCUUGGACUACAUGGACAAUCUCACACCCCAGCAGAUUCGAAAACUCUUCCACCUUCUGAGCAGGCUGGCGUUUGGGCAACAGCAGCAAGGAGCUCACAUCCAGGAUGACAUGCACAUCAUCAUUCGCAAGCAGCUCUCCAGCACUGUGCCCAAGUACAAGCGUAUUGGCAUCAUUGGUGCUGUAAUGAUUGUAGGAAGUAUGGGAGCCUUCAGGCCAAAAAUAGAAGGAAAAGGGAAGGAAACACAGAACGGUUCAUUGACCCAGGAGACACUCAGACAGGUGACCGCUCUGUUGGAGCUGGUGAAGUCGAGUGCGGAAAGUUCUCCUGAGGCUGCAGCUCUGUACUACGAUGAACUGGCCAACCUGAUCAGCAGCACUCAACUGGAUCCACAGCUGGAGGAAGUGAUUGGAGUUGGCGUCCUGGAUGACUUCCAACAAGACUUUAUCGUGGACAUCGGGCCAGAAAAAACAGGUUCCUUCCCUUUUCCAGCCUGUGCGAUGUAUAAACUGGAUGGGAAUCAAGACGGCAUCGCCAUCAACCUGUUGCCUCUACUGGCAGAAGACAACCAAAGCAAAGGAGAGCAGCAGAACAAGAAUGAACAAAAGGGGCCCUCUCCUUUGUGUUUGUCUCCAUGUUUACGUCUCCUGAGGUUUUGUGAGGAGAAGCGGCACAAAGGAGACCUGGAGGACAUUGAUGGCCUUUUGGGUUGCCCGUUGAUCCUGACGGACAUGGAUGUAGUGGAGAAAGUUGAGAGCCUGUCAAAAGCUGAGAGGGAUUUCCUCUGUACUUUGCUCUUUCACGCCAUCAACUGGUUCAGAGAGGUGGUUAAUGGAUUCUGUAAACAAAAUGAAACUGAAGAUAAGAUGAAAGUGAUGACUCGACUGCAGAACAUCACUUACCUGCAAACGCUGUUAGAAAGAGUCCUGGCAGCAACACCUUCCUAUGUUCCACCUUCUUCCAACUUUGAUGGAGAAAGCACAGAGGGAAUUACGCUCAAUAUCACCGGUCCUCCGAACAGGGCAAAGAAAGACGGUGCAGGAAAGAAGAGGAAAGCCGCCGGUAAGAAUUCGUCAGAAGGUGACACCCAGCCUGAGGAGGCGACGGAAGCGGAGGAAAGUCAGCAGGAGUUGCCAGAAAAGGAGAAAGAAAAGGAGAACCGGCCAGGUGUCAGUUUGACUGCCUACAGAGCUUUUUUCAGGGAGCUGGACGUUGAGGUGCUCAGUGUUCUGGGCUGUGGUUUGCUCUCACGCACAAUACUGGACUCGGAGCUCCACACCAAGGUGCGUGAGGAAGUUCUGCUGGGUCCUGCUGAGCUCGUUUUCUUGUUGGAGGAUAUGCAUCACAAACUGGAGUUCAGUCUGAUGCCUGCCAAAAGAGCCCCGUUCCUGAAGGCACGGGUGGAUAAAAGUGUCGGCUUUUCCCACCUACAACAGCGGAGCUCCAAAGAUAUCGCAACCUAUUGUGUCCAGCUGCUGCCUGCGCUCUGCACACACUUGGAGAACUGCCACAAUCACUUUCAGACUCUGCUCUCUGAUAAUAAUGGUGUUGUGGAUGGACCUGCUACCGACAGACAGGAGUACCAGUUAAUGUCAUCGAGCUACCAGCUGCUUCUGCAGGUCCUAAACAUCACCUUCAGUUGGUCUGGAUUCAGCCAGCCAGGACUGCGAAAUCUGUUGAAGAAGGCUCUGGGUGUUUUGGCAGGACGCCUGAAGCAAGGAGACGCUGAGCUCACACUGGAGCAGCUUGUGAAGUACAGUUUUGAGUACCUGCUGAAUUUCCGCAGCACCAUACCGAGCCUCAGCACAGCUCUGUGUCUCUCCCAGCUUCUGUCCACAGUAUCUGAGAAAGGAGGACAUGUUGCUGCUUACAGAGAGCAGACUGCUUCCCUUGCACGGCGUUUCCUGAGCCAGCUCUGGGUGACAGCCAGUGGAGAGAGGGAGCGAGGGAACAAAUUCAACGAAGCACUACACACUCUCCUUAGCAUAUACCUGGAACAUGUUAAUGAUGUUCUGAAAGCAGUGGAAGAAAUUGCUGGGGAAGGAGUCCCUGAGCUGCUCAAUGCAGCUAAAGAUGAGAGCUCGACAUCCUGGCCCACUCUUAACAGGCAGACGUUCCUGGUGUACUACAAAGUGCUGAUGGCAAAGCUGGACAAAGCUGCCAAGAAGAUUCCUGCAGGCAAAACGAGUGACAAUACUGAGGCGCAGAGUGAGAAACUGUUGACGUGGAACCUGGCUGUCAGAGAUUUCCACAUCCUGGUCAACCUAGUGAAGGUUUUUGAUUCCAGACCAGUGCUCAUUGUCUGCUUAAAGUAUGGCCGACUUUUCCUGGAGUCUUUCCUGAAACUGGGCAUGCCACUACUAGACCACAGCUUCAAAAGACACAAGGAGGAUGUCCAAUGCUUGCUGAAGACCUUCCAGCUCAGCACUCGUCAGCUGCACCACAUGUGUGGCCACUCUAAGAUUAGCCAGGAUACCAGCCUGACCAACCAUGUACCAGCCUUGAAGAAGAGCCUUGAACUGUUUGUAUACAGAGUGAAGGCCAUGUUGACACUUAACAACUGCCAGGAAGCCUUUUGGAUUGGGAACCUGAAGAAUCGAAACCUGAAGGGUGAGGAGAUCCUUUCUCAGAGGUCACAAGGAAGUGAUGAUGAUGAUGAUGGUGAUGAUGAUGAAGAAGAGGAUAACCAGCGUUUACCGCUUCCUGAGGAACAGUCAGAUGAUGAGGCCCAGGAGAGCGACUCUGAGGGAAACAAGAAGAAUAACACGAUGGAAGAUGUGGAGGAAGAUGAUCUUUCAGAAGACUACUAGUAUUCACAAGAGUGUAAACUGAUUAUUUCUGGUUUGUGUUUAUGGCGUGACAACUUGUUUUAAUGAUUAUCACUUUAUGUUUCUGGGCGGUUUUAGCGGUUUUAAAUGCACUUUUUGUAAUUUUCAAAUAUUCAGUGGCCUUUGGGUUGGCAAGGGAUCACCAAUAAACAUCCAUCAUUUGUGUAUUCUAACUGGGCCACUUUACAUUGUGUUCUGAAAUUCUUUUUGUUACAUUGUUUGUCAACAAAAUAAAUUGA